AUGCGCCACGUGCUGUGUAUCCUCGCUCUCCUGCUCUCAUGUGCGUGUGUGCACGUCCUCGCUGAAGAAGUGCCUGCCGCCGAUCUUUCCGACCAAGUCCCUGAUACGGAGAGUGAGACAAAGAUUCUUCUUCAAGGUACUCCUGUUGAUUGCACUAAUGGUAAGACUUGUCCAAACGAAGAUGAACAAUGUGAAACAGCUGAAGGAGGAGAGAAGCAAACCUGCAAAACACCAGCGGAGGUGUCAGGUCCAAAACAAGGUCAAGACAGAAAAGAAAAACAAACUGAGAGCGAACAUCCUUUGCAAAACAACGCACAACCUUCGGAACGUGCUCCUGGUAGUCCUGAUAUUUCCACGACAGAACAGAUCAGAGAACAAACUGCACAAAGGGAUGAACAUAAACAAGAGGAAACCUCCGAUAGUGAACAGGAACAACACAAAUCUGUCGGUGGACCAGAAACAGUUAAACCUGGUACAACACAAGUCGACAGUAGCAGGGAUCACGAAACACCAGCUGCAAAUGCACAGGGAAGUAAUACACUAUCUCAAGGAGCUCCAAACACACAACCUUCUUCUUCUGUAACCCAAUCCGGCAAUUCGGACACAGAGAAUGCCAGUGAAAGCAAUGCUGCUGCGAGUGAAAAUAUUGCCACAAAUGCGCAGAGUGAGUCAAUAAACAACCAAGAAGGUAAUGUGGGUAAUACAGAUACACCCACCACUACCACAACAACAACAACACUUCCUCCUGAACUCACAAACAACAAGAAGGGUGAUGCAGACAGCAGCAGCAGUAUCAGCAGUUCUGUGUGGGUGCGUGUACCACUACUGAUUGUGGUUACACUGUCCUGUAUUCUUGUGUGCUGA